GAUUCCAAGAUUUUAUGAACAUAUAGUCCAAGUGUCUUGACAGAAAAAAAAACAAUUUUACGUUCAAGCAUUGGAGCUUGUAGCCUUGUCUGAAAGAAGAAACAGAUAAAAUGGGCAUUUCUUUUCUUCCAUCUCCAGCUUUUUUGGGACUUCUUCUCUUCUCAUUCGUCACUUUUUCUCUCCAUCCUAAGUCUGCAGUUGCCAUUACUAGGCACUACAAACUUGAUGUCAUGUUGCAGAAUGUGACACGCCUUUGUCACACCAAGAGCAUGGUGACAGUCAAUGGGAAAUUCCCAGGGCCUCGCAUUGUUGCUAGGGAGGGUGACAGACUUCUUAUUAAAGUGGUUAACCAUGUCCAAAACAAUAUCUCUAUUCACUGGCAUGGAAUUCGACAGCUUCGAAGUGGAUGGGCUGACGGACCAGCAUAUAUAACUCAGUGCCCUAUACAAACUGGACAAAGCUAUGUUUAUAACUACACCAUUGUAGGACAAAGAGGCACUCUUUGGUGGCAUGCCCAUAUAUCAUGGUUAAGAUCAACUCUCCAUGGUCCCUUGAUCAUUCUUCCCAAACUCGGCACUCCUUAUCCAUUUGUCAAACCUUACAAGGAAGUUCCCGUCAUCUUUGGAGAGUGGUUCAAUGCAGAUCCAGAGGCAAUCAUUAGCCAGGCAUUGCAAACAGGUGGAGGGCCAAAUGUCUCUGAUGCCUACACUAUUAAUGGACUCCCAGGGCCAUUAUAUAACUGCUCUGACAAAGAUACUUUCAAGCUAAGGGUAAAGCCCGGAAAGACUUACCUUCUUCGCCUGAUCAAUGCUGCACUCAACGACGAGCUUUUCUUCAGCAUAGCAAACCAUACAUUCACAGUUGUGGAAGCUGAUGCUGUGUAUGUGAAACCAUUUGAUACCAAGACGCUUCUCAUUGCCCCUGGACAAACCACAAAUGUACUUCUCAAGACCAAACCCCACCGCCCAAAUGCCAAAUUUUUCAUGACUGCUAGACCUUACGUGACUGGUCAAGGAACUUUUGAUAAUACAACUAUUGCUGGCAUUUUAGAAUAUAAAGAAUCGCAUAAAACCAUUCAAUCAAGCCACUCUACUAAAAAACUACCGCUUUUUAAACCAAAUCUACCACCUCUAAACGAUACUUCAUUUGCAACAAACUUCACUAGAAAACUCCGCAGCCUAGCCAAUGCACAAUUCCCUGCCAAUGUGCCUCAAAAGAUUGACAGACAAUUUUUCUUCACAGUAGGCCUUGGAACACACUCAUGCCCCCAAAACCAAACCUGCCAGGGACCCAAUGGAACAAUGUUUGCAGCUUCAGUUAAUAACGUGUCAUUUGCAAUGCCAACCACGGCUCUUCUCCAAGCCCACCAUUUUGGUCAAUCAAAGGGUGUCUAUACUCCUGAUUUUCCAAUCAACCCACUUACUCCUUUUAAUUAUACUGGAAAUCCGCCAAACAAUACCAUAGUGAGCAAUGGAACAAAGCUAGUCGUGCUUCCUUUCAAUACCACUGUGGAGCUCAUUAUGCAGGACACUAGCAUACUUGGUGCAGAGAGCCACCCUCUUCACUUGCAUGGCUUCAAUUUCUUUGUUGUUGGUCAAGGUUUUGGGAACUUCGAUCCAAAUAAGGACCCCGCAAAUUUCAAUCUUGUCGACCCCAUUGAAAGGAAUACUGUUGGUGUGCCCUCUGGUGGGUGGGUUGCUAUACGAUUUCUAGCAGACAAUCCAGGUGUAUGGUUCAUGCAUUGCCAUCUAGAAGUGCACACAAGCUGGGGUUUGAAGAUGGCUUGGAUUGUCUUGGAUGGAAAGCUUCCCAAUCAGAAACUGCUUCCUCCACCUGCUGAUCUUCCCAGGUGUUGACAUGCAAGCUUCUUCUUAACGACACAGAGAGCAGAAACUGCCCAGAAGCUCUUCUUUUUUUCUUUGGGUUCUUUCCUACUAUUUUUUAUGUAAUCUAGCUUUGUUCCUCGGCUCAUUUUCAGCUUUUGUCCUAUGAGCAUUUAUCUUCAGAGAUCAUUGAUUACCCAUGUUGGAAUUGAGGAAAAGAAACAAAUGUACAAUUUUUUUCCCCAACGAGCUUGCAAGAAAACAUUUUGCUAUUAUUUACAUUUGUUUUCAAGAUUGAGCUAGCAGUACAAGGACUCCAAUUGCAUAGCAGUCUCGCAAACAAGGAUGGAUAAUUACAAAUAGAAAUGACUGAAUAUAGUAAAAUAAAACCAUCACCCUGCUCAUUGUCAUAUAUUAUAAAAAGAGAGUCAAGAUUUCCAAGAGGAAUUGAAAGUUGCAGAAACUGCAUCCUGUCCUUGCUGUCUAGUGAAGCUUGAAACUGGCAAAGCAGCAAUUGAAUAUGAGAUGGGUUUGCAAGAAAUCCGUGGAGUCAUGAACAUGUAGAUGCCUAGAGGGUGUUAUCUGUUUCAGUGAAGUACAAUGUGGAAAGAAAGGUUUGAUCAUUGUAGCCAUGGAAACUAAGCUAUAGCUUGAAGGUAUUGAUUCAAAACUUGCCCUGUUUUUUUUUUUUUUUUUUUCAAGUUAAAGGUGUUCAAAAUAUUGAAGUAACUUUUCCCAUUGAACGUCUAUGAAUAUUGAUUUCACAUGUUUCAUUAAACAUGGCUUCUAGUUCUUUUGCUGGCACGCAUCAUUACAAAGUGCCUAUGAGACUUCAUUUGCCUGUAGCUUAUGAAAGUUCAUGCUGUUGUACAGCUUAUCCUGCUGAUUAUGGCGUCUGGUAAUCGUUAGCUACUUAGCUGUACUGAAGUAUGUUACAAGCUUGUAACAUAUAAAUAAAGGAGAGAGAAAACUCUCAAAAGGUUUCCACCUGUUUUUUCAUCAUCAAGGGCCACAGGGAUUUCAAGAUGACCGAAGUGACUCAAAUCAGUGAAACAACAAGAGGCUAAAAUUCUUCCACACCGGUAACUACCGUAGAGAAUCUACUCCACAAUUUAGAAAGCCAAGAAACCAAACCCAGAAUGAAAAUGGAUUGGCCAAUCAUAACCCCAGUAUCCUGGCUUCAGGUGGUGUUACUUCCACACCAUUACCAAUAGGUUGAAAUUUACCACAAAGUCUGAACGGGAAGACAGUGCUCUAAAGGUCUUUUAAUCUUUAUGUUCAAGAUUUUCUGGUAAUGAGGAUACAAUGAAAAGGAAAGAAACAAGACUACUGUAGGCAGUAUUUUCAGGGCAUCUCAGAAGAUUAAUUGCUUAAAUUUUAUUCCAUGAGAA